UUCAACCAACUUCACGCAUAUUUUGAUUAACCUCACUUCUCGCAGCUGUUUGGUGAAAAUUAUUUUUCAUUUGCUCAAUUUCCUUAAUUUUCUUGCAUUUAACACGUGAAAACUCGUUAAAAUAGUUGAAAAUGAGCCUCCACACAGCUCUCCGGAGUGUGCUAACGCUGAAUUUAUCAAGAAUUCAGCUAAAUAUCAAAAGACAAAUUUCCUACGCGGAAAUUUCUCGACGUCGCAGUGAGUUGUUUAGUGCAGAGAAGCAGGCACAGAAGGAGAAAAUUGGACGAAUUGAGAGGAUUGAAGUGAGAUACUUGGGGCUCCCACAGGAUACGACCCUCAUGAUGAAUAGGGGCUUGUCAACCCCUUACAAUUGUGCUCAGCACAUCAGUGAAUUCCACUGCAAACGAUCCGCUUUGGCAUUGAUUGAUGGGAACAUCCCGUGGGAUAUGCAUCGUCCCCUUCCGGAUUCGUGCACACUGCAACUGCUCACGUUCACCUCCCCGGAUCCCCAUCAUGUCAAUCGAGCCUUCUGGCGUACGUGCAGUUUCCUCCUGGGUGCCGUCCUGUCGUCCACAUUCAAGGAUGAAGCGCACCUGCAGCUACACAGCUUCCCAUCGCCCAACUACCGCUCCGGAAGCUUCAUCUACGACGUCUCCCUGGCGCAGGCGGACUGGUGCCCAACUCUGCAAGAGCUGAAGACUCUCUCGGCCGAAAUGGUGAAGUUGGCGGCUCGAAAUCUUCCCAUUGAACGCCUUGAAGUCUCGCACGAGCUUGCGCGGGAAAUGUUCCGGGAGAAUCCAUUCAAAAGUCAACAAAUCCCAAAUAUUGCGCAGAAAAAUGACGGGCAGGUGGUGAUUUAUCGUGUUGGGGAGCACGUGGACAUCAGUAGGGGUCCCAUGGUGACGUCUACGCGACACCUGGGGCGCUGCUCGAUCACCUCAGCCCAUCCAGUGGGACGUUUGGAUGACUCCCUGCCACUCUAUCGCUUCCAGGGCGUUGCUCUUCCUCCGGAUUUCAUUAUAAAUCACAUUGCCUACGGGAUUCUGGAGAAUAGGGCGAAGAAAUUAAAUCCAGCACGAUUGCCCACGGAAGAGGAGCAAAUUCAGGCAAAACUUGCUUAGAAAUUAGAACUUUUU